UUGUGACACUGCUAUCGGCUCCGUCAGUUGGUCUUCUGAAGUAACGCAAGCAUGACGCGCGUGAUGUUCCUGGCGGCGAUCGCUGCUUUCGCCAUCUGUGCCGAGGCAGCUUCACUGGGCCCUCAAGGGGAGCUGCACCGGGCAAAACGUCAGUUCUCUUGGUCGAGCGACCAAAAUAUAGAGCAACUCGGUGGAAAAGAAUCCGGCGGACAGCAGAUGGUCAGUUCCCUCAACACUUUCCUCGGCAACACUCAAAAGGUCGGCCAACUAGGUUUGGGGGACAACGGCAGGCAGUUUGUGCAUCAAGGCUUCUCGCUUUUCGGACCCAGCAAACAAGAAGUCGAACAGAUUGCGACAGGAAGUGGACCCCAGGAGCAGACAGUCAGUCAAAAGGGUAGCGUCUUUGGCAGCAGCAGCCAGAGAGUUAUUCAGAGAGGAGAAGUGCCGUCUUUCUUGGCAUUACCAGCAGAAUUGGUCCGCAUUUGUGCAGUAGCCUGGACGCAUGGUGCGGACAUUCCAGCUUCCCAGGCGAGGGUUUUAUUCUUUGACGCGGGUAUACCAUUUUUCGUCCACUGUUCGAAACUUUUGGUCUAG